AUGUCAGCACUGUCAACGUCGUACCACUAUAUUCGGUUUACUGUCACCCCCCCCUGCGCAGACGCAGUCAUCUUACGCAAAGCGCUACAAGACUCCCUCAGCCAGUCAUUCGGACUUGUGUCAUCGAACACAUACAUUGACGUCUUGUCGAUAUCAGACAAUGGCACGGACUUAGUCAUUCGGGUUGCUCAGAGUGAGGCAGCGCGGGUGGUGGCGAGCGUGGCCGCGCACAGCGGCCUUCCGAGGCUGGCGGUCGUGAAGGAGUCGUCAUUUCUUCCGUCACUUCUGUCUGUUGGGGCGAUAUCAUGA